UUUAAACUGCGGUAAAGCAAAGUUUGUUGUUGUAAGUUUGACAGCUGGGUUAUGAAAUAACAGCGAUGUCGGUUUAUUAAUCUGAAGAAGUACUGCUGUUCUGCAACAUUUCUGUCAGAAGCUGGAAGACCAACGAAGCGCGAAGCGACUUGGAUUUGAUGAGACUUGACAUCUCCCUCUAAGUUUAGCAACAUUGGCUAAUCAGCUAAGUAAAGACGACCUAGGUGGUAAAGCCAUGGUCUAGGCUAGUCAGUGUUCGUAUACAUGUGUUUGUAAUGUUGCAGUUCGCUGUGAUUCUCAAUAUGUCUUAAACAUGACCAGAGACAGAUUAUGAGUUUGGUGUAAAACAGAAACUCCUGCAAGUUUAUAGACGCUCGCUAACAUUGGCCAAUGCGCUAGCUCACAGUGUAGCUUAACAGCAUGUUGGAACAUGUAGUGCUACACGUGCGAUUAAAAAGCAGACAGCUUUUUAUUUAAUUGCCGACAGUUAUGCUAAGCAAAGGCGCAAUGGCCGCUAAGGUCACAAGAGUAUCAUUUGAGGACUUUCGGGAUGUAAAGCGGUCCAUACCUUCAGGAUCUGGUACAGGGCUUGGUGCUGGGAGACCACACCAAACACAGUUGCUGUUCAAUGCUGCCAUUCCCCUGGACCCCCGUAACCGCGAGACUCGCAUUGGACCUCCAGCUCCCAUCAUCAUAGAGAAGCUCGGACGGCCAAUCUCACAGCCCACAGAUGGAGACAGCUGCAACAGCUCGCUGCGGUUCUCCGUCCUGUCAGAGGAACGCCUGCAGAACGCCGUCAGGCUGGCCAAGAGAGACCUCAGGAGAAGACGCCAACAGUCUCUCAUCAGCACCCCGCUGAUCAGCCCUCUGGCUAGCUCACCUUGCAGGCAAGAGCACGGGCCUCACGAUGGGGGUGCCGACCGCCAGCAGCAGAAGGCGAAAAAGACGCCCUCUAAGCAGCAAGGGGGCGUGGAUGUCAGCAGAUCCAGGACAAAGUCAGGAGCAGAGGUGCUGGUGUACACCCCACAGAAACUGACCGCUCCCCCGGGCCCUGCCUGUGGCCAGUCCCCUCCCGUCAGGGACCCCGGGCCUAAAGCCAGCAGCAAACUCAGCCAGGAGAUCCGUAAACUGCAGGCCGAAUUGGAUACAUGCGUCCGAAGGAUAGAACAGCUGGCUAACAGAGGCCGUCUGAUGGGGGAGGACCUGGACCCCGUGGAGCAGCGCAGGAUGGAGAUCAGGAGGCAGGAGCAGGCGGCACGCUCAGCACGCAUCAUCUACAACCUGCAGCAACAGGUGAGAGACAUUCAAGACGACGUCGAGAAGCUUCGAUCGCAGAAUAUAAAACAGGAUAAGAAUUCCAGGGCCACGGAGCGGUUGGCGGCAGCCCACCGGGGGGCGGUGAGGGCCAUGCAGGUCUUCACCAACCAGCUGCUGUCAGACCCGGGUGCCACCGCCGAGAGCAGGGUGCCGGCCCACUACCAGGAGCUGGGCCAGCUCAUACGCCAGCUCUCCCUCUGCUCCGCCAAGGUGGAGGCCGGGCAGGACUCGCUGGUGCCAGAGACGGCCAUCGACAUCCUGCAGAAACUAGAGACACUGGACUUGGCCCUCAGGAAGCAGCGGAGUCCCAGGAGGGAGCUGAGGACGUGCAGUCUGUCCCCCAUCCGCCACGCAUCCCCCUCAGGCCGACGCCACAGCGCCUCUCCCCAACGCUCACCCAAAGCUCCAGGGCCCCGCAAGCGCCCCGCCAAAAAGACCCAGAAAAGGCCCAAAGGUCCCUCAGUGUCCAGCCGUCCAAGACCUGGCGAGAGAGGGAGGGAGAGGGAGAGGGAGAAAGAACAGAGGAAGGAGCGUAGUGCAGUUCUGAAGGCCGGGCUGGAGACCCUGUUGCGCAUGAGGGAACGGGACCCGGACCCGGAGCUGGAACAGGCAGAGAGGAGAGAGAGGCUCCCCUCCCAGCCUCCUCCCCCAAAACCCCUCGUCACCAGCUCUCAGGAACCUCUACCACCACCACAACCUGUUCUACCAUCAGCACCACAUGAUAAACACAAGGUGAUGGGGCAGUGUACAGCGCUAAACCAAAACAGAUGGGGUUUGCACGAAAAACACAUAUCAGGACCACUGCAAAUUGGGCCGGUGCGUGACGCAGGCUUCCAGCAGCCGACGGUGGCCUCCAGGCUGAAGGAGAGCCAGAUCCCCCUGAGGGAGCCACUGGUGCCCUGGGUCCCCACCUCCCCUCGCAAACCAACCGCACACAGGGCUGUAACCAAGAGGUCAGAGCCCAGGUGUCUGUUCUCCGCCCUGCACAGCUCUGCUCAGGAACCCUCUGCUCAUCAGGCCCCAGGCACAACAGAGGCCCCUGGUCAACAGGCCCCAGGCAGAACAGAGGGACCACCAGACCUGGGGCCUGAGACGAGGCAGCAGGCCCACAGAGAAGCCCUCAGGCAAGCGUGGCUGGAUAAGAUUACCUCAGAGCGACUGAGUGAGUUGGAACGACUAGGACAAGGACAGGCUGAACAGGCCCAGACACAGAGGUCUGGGGCUGGUUCUCCUACUCGCUGGGCAGAGAGGGCUGAGCAGGCUGUCAGAGACAGGAUCCAACCUCUGCUAGAACAAGCACAGAGGCUGCGUGACUGCUGGGACAGGAGAGGCACCUCCCUCCACCAUCGCCUCUCAGAUCAGGCAGCAGACAGGACUGCUGCCAGUGCAGAUGUGCUGAGUGAGGCCCUGCUGGAGGACCUUCUGGAGGAUACGGCCCGCACCCUGGAGGCCAUCAGGGCAGACCGGCACGCGGAGCAGCAGGCCAGUGCUCUCAUCAGGGCCCCCACGCUGGACACCAUGCUGCAGAGGAUGGAGGAGAUGGAGAGGGACCAGGAUGCAGUUCGCCAGCGCUACGCCUCUAUUGCAUACUCAGACCCGCUCUACUGGGACCAGCCUGGCGAGAGAUCAGUGAAGCAGACAGGAGUGGCUGGCUCCAGGCCCUCGUCUCCUCAGCCCAUCCGCUUGACCCGGCCUGCACUCAAGCCCACCAGCAACCCAGAGAUCAUUCUGCAGAGUCCAGUGGAAGCCAGUGUCCUGAAUGACCCGACUGCUGCUGCUGAGGAGGAUGAUGAUGAUGAUGAUGAUGGUGGCCAUGCAGAGGAUCCCCAGGAUCAGCUGUGCAGCGGGGACAGAGUGGAGAGGGUGAGGACUGGAGGGAUACCGCUCACCGUACCCAGCGGCAUGCUCAGCAGCCUCCUGAGGUACAGGGAGGAGCACGACGCCUACCUGAGGCUGGUCUCCCACGAGGCCGUGGGCACCUUCAACCCCUGGGCCAUUGCAGACAGUCUGGCGGAGGAGCUGAUGGUGGAGGCGUUGGCUGACGUGGCAGCCGAGUUCCAGGACGUGUGCGAGGAGUACGCAGAGGCCGUCUUCACCUCCGAGUUCCUGCAGCCCAUCCAGUCACCUCCUCCUGUUCCUCCUCCCUCCUCGUCCACAUGAUGAGAGAACGAGGAGGUGCAUCCCCUCCAGUCACUACCUCCUCCUCCUCCUCCUCCAUUAUGAUACCAGUCUUUAGCCGUUUCCCAAAUGUCUAGUGUGCGUCCUUCGAAGUGUGUAAGCCUUCGUUGUCAAGCCCAGUGAUUGGAUACUCUUUGGUGAACUCUGCGUCGUAUCCAAAUACUGGGCAUGACUACGAAGGCUGACACACUACCAAGGCUCAUGCACUUGACAUUGGGAAAUAGUCAUUACCUCUACAUCCUCUUCAGUCUUCCCCUCCAACUUCCUGCAGCCCAUCCAGCCACAUACUGUACUCCUCUUCCCUCUUGCAUAUGAUGGGAGAAGGGGGCAGCCCCUCCAUUCACCUCCACCUCCUACGACUCCUCCGUCUUCCACACUAUGGGAGCAGGAGGGAGAAGAGGGGAGGAGGAGGGUGGAGCAGCCAGACCAGGGUGCAUCAGGCCUGGACUAUACAAUCCUGGACGUUACGUUUAAUUGUGUCAAAUGAAUUGCGACAAUGGCAAGAAUGCCUCUGGCUGGUGCUUUGAAACAUUUCUCGAGACUUAAACCUUUUUUGCCGUUUUGUUUUCAUGUUUUUUGUGAGCUCAGGGUCUUUUAAACAGUGGAUUGUGAAAUAAUGAUUUUUACUUUUGCGAGUGUGUGCAGUGCUGUGGCUGAUGAAAUGAAAUGUGCCAAGCCAUCUUAGUGUGAAUGUGUGAUUUUCAGCUCCUACUUCUGGCCACUACACACACACACACACACACACACACACACACACACACACACACACACACACACACACACACACACACACACACACACACACACACACACACACACACACACACACACACACACACACACACACACACACACACACGGCAUUGGGUAGUAAGGCGUGGGGUGUCAUGUUGUGAUGUACAGUGGUGGCAUGAGCAUCCUCUGGGGGAGGUGAUUUUAACAACUUUUAAAGGUCUUCAUUUUUAAACAGCAUUAUGAGAUUACAUUCGCUAAAAAAAACUAAACUGAAAAAAACUCGAUAAAUAUACACAGCACAGUGCUCUUCAUUUAUUUAUUUUGUAUCCCCUCAAAAUACAAGGUUUUACGGUACAUCUAUACUCUGCUGUUUUAAUGAUCACUCAGUCGAUAAACCUAUGGUGAAAAUGAAAUUGAAAAAAGCUGCAUGAGAGGCCAAUAAUUUGUUUUCAUCCUCCACUAAACCUGCUGGCUCCCGAUUGCAUUUCUCUUGUUAUUGUAUUUUCCCCUCUUUCACACCAACCGCCCCCGGUCUUGGGAGAGCACGGGGGACUAAAAUAGCCAGACAUGACUUGGCACACAGCACGUCUAUAUGUCAUAUGGAGGGAGAGAGAGCGGAGCAGAGCAGGUGACUUGGCACACAGCGUGUCUAUAUGUCAUAUGGAGAGAGAGAGAGCGGAGCAGAGCGGGGAGGCCUGGCAUGACUUGGCUUAUCUCCGGCACUACAGGAUGCUUUAUAUUAGUGGAUGUCUCUUGGGGGGUCCCAGUUGAAAACAGAGGGUGCGCUGACAGGAGACUGGGACAUCCAGAUGUUGGUUUGGCCCCAGGGGUCCCAAUUUUGGCAGCAAGACACCGAGGGACAGAGAUGGGGACAGUGGCUUGGCUUGGCUAAUAGCAAUGCACAAAACAUGCUGGACAAUGACAAUGAAAGUUUCCUCUGACACUUUUUUCUUUCACUUUCUCUGACACUUUUUAUUUCCCUCUCGCACAUUCGCCCUCCCUCCCUUUUCCCUCUCGGUCGCCUACACAUGCACAGCUCAUUCACCGACAUUACAUUCAUAUAUUUUUUUUAUUGGUUGGAAAGGCCAUGGGGAUGAUGUGUGUACAGAAGUGUUUUUCUCUGUCCAUAUCAUUGAGUUCAGGGUCUGCAUUCAUUUUGUCAUAGACCAUGUGCAUUGCUAGCCAGAGGCUUGGAAAUAAUACAACACUCCUCCGUGGAAGAUUGUGGAACAUAAAUAACACAUUAGCUUGAGUUUACAUUGGACUCCCCAAAGGGUCAGUCUUCAUAGCAGUGUUCCACCACUGGUGAGGUUCAUCACCUCCAGUCCAUGUUUCAUCACCACACAGAAAGCACAAACAGAAAGCGUGUUUGUGAGGACGCCAUCUCUGUUUGAUGGACUAGACAGCCAUUUGAUGGAGGCCUUUGAAGGUACUACAGAGCUGUGCUUUGAUGAGCUGUUUUUUGUUUUGUUUUUUUAAUUGCACCAUAAAAGUCCCUCUGAUGUCUCCGUCCAAACAGAGAAUCUGACUGAUGGAAUAUGUUGUCUGAGUCUGUUGCAGUCUAGAGCAACAAGCAUUACAUGUGCGUUUGUAAUUUUGUGCGUUUGUGUGUGUGUGUAUGUGUAUAUGUGUGUCACUAACAUUGUGAUAUGUGGCGUUUUUCUGUACUGAAAAGAUAUUUGUAUUGAUGCAUUAUUUAAUAAAAUAAUUAUGAACAUUUUUUUUCAUAAAACCCAUUUUUCUCCAAAAACCAUGUUUCUCUGAAUCUUGU